UGCUUUCAUCAUGAAAUUUGUACUCUUUUUCCUUCUUGUAGAUCGGAUUUCGUGAUCGAUCGAUCACGUUAAAACUUAAAACUGUCUUAUAGUUUUCUUAACAGAUUGUUUUUUUUUUUUUUUUAGAACAAGUUGUCUUAUAUAGUUUUCUAAAAAAUUUGUUUUUUAUUUUUAUAAAAAAAAAAAAAAUUUUCUCGGAAGAUGCUUUUAAAAAAUUGAACCUAUCAAGUUGUCUUAAUCCUAAUAAGACAAAGGAAACGUAUUAUUAUUACUUUCUAGUAGAAACCCAUUAGUACUUUCCAAGUUGGUACAAUGGCUAUAAAAUUGGACCAGCCGUGCCAAUUAUUAUUAUUAUUAUUACUACUACGAAGUACAAUAAGACUUGUAUAAGAAAUCCAACCUCUUUUUUUUUUGAAUAGUGAAAUUUUAAUAGUUUUUUAUUCUAAUGAUAAGGGUGAAGUUCUAUGCCUUAUUAUAACAUAAAAUAGUGCUCGAAAAUUAGUGUAAUUUUUUAGUUAAAAGAAAAGUUUAGAAAUAUUAUAAAAAAUAGUAAGGACAUAUUUUUUAUUUUUUUUUAAGACAUCCCAAUAUGAAUAAUUAAGGAAGUAUAUUUUGAAUAAUUAUUUUUGGAUAAUUUUUUUUGAGUAUAUUUUUUUAUUUGAAAAAGGGUAUCAAGUUGGCUUAAUCCUAAUAAGACACAGGAAUCAUAUUAUUAUUACUUUCCAAGUUGAUAGAAACCCAAUUUAACAUUACUUUUCAAGUUGGUGCAGACCCAAGUUAUUAUAAAAUUGUUCUCUUUUCUUCUCCAUCGAAUAAAGCUAGCAAAAAUUGGUGUUGUUUGUUUAUACACAACAACAAAAAAAAAAAAUUUGCUCUCUCUCUCUCUCUUGUUUGGGUUUUAUAUCUCUAAUCGGCUCAUCUUCUCCUCCUCCUGCUAUUCUGCAAAUUUUAUAUAUUAAAUUAUGCAGAAAACGGUAAGUUCAAAUCCCAUGGAGAAAACCACCUCAACAUGUUGUGCUCAAAACACAAGUGAAAAGGAUGAUAAAGGAGGGUUGUGUUUGGAGGAUUACAUUAGUGGACUUCCUGAUGUUAUACUUGUUUCAAUCUUGUCACUAUUGACAAUGAAAGAAGCUGGAAGAACAAGUCUGUUAUCAAAGAGAUGGAGAUACACGUGGACAUACAUUGCUGGUUUGAACUUUGAUUCCUUACCUAUAAGAUAUGGGAUUAAACUCAGAGAAAAGAAAGUUGAAGUAGAAAGGCCAUUGUAUUUGAGUUGGGUUAAUCAAGUCUUGAAAUCGCAUAACGCGCCAACUAUAGAUGAAUUCAGAGUUCAAUUUGAUCUUGAUGAAACUUGUAGACUUGAUAUUGACAAUUGGGUUAACUUUGCAAUGGAAAAGAGAGUUAGAAGGCUUGAGUUAGACUUUAAAGAAACUUUGUUGUAUAGGAGAGAGGAAGAGGAUUACAAUUUUCCUAUUCCAGAUGGUAUUACAAAUCACCUACAUGGGUUUGCUAGCUGCAACUCCUUGACCAAUCUCCUGCUGAGAAGAAUCAAUGUAACCGGACAAGUUCUCGAGUUCUUCUUAAUGAACUGUCCAUUUUUGGAACAAUUGUCUGUGAAAGAAUCUGAUGGUCUCGUAAAUCUAAAGGUACCUGAUUUAUCACUCAAUUUGAUGCGUUUGGAGAUAUCUCACUGCUUCAAUGUGGAAAGUAUUGAGAUUUCUGCAAUGAAUCUCAUGUCUUUUAAGUACUUCGGACCAAAAAUAAGCUUGCCAUUUAAGAAUGUCCAGCCACCUAUUGAUUUGUUUAUCGGGGGUGAGUAUUGCGAUUAUCUAAUAUAUAAGUUUUUGGAGAUUUCAAGCUAUCUUUCUCAGCUAGAAAGCCUUGAGCUGCAGAUGACAAGCAUGAUAGAGAAUAGUCUUGAAGAUGCGAAAUUUCCUAUAUUAAAUAAACUCAAGCGACUGGAGUUGAUAAUUAGUGCAGCUGAUGAUGAAGACCUUCUUGUUUUUGCUCCCCUGAUAAAGGCAUGUCCUUUCUUGUCUAAAUUUGUGGUUCAGCUGCAUUGGUACGAGCCCCUUGGGAAAAGAAGAAAACAUUUUGAGUUUACAUCUUGGCCCCAUCAGUAUCUCAAGGUGGUGGAAUUCAAUGGUUUUGUUGGAUGUACAAAUGAUGUUGAGCUUGCAAUGUAUUUAAUUAAGAGUGCUGUCAAUCUUGAGAAGAUUACUUUUGAUCCUCGUCACCCCCUUCUUAUAGGAACUCCAUGGGAGUUCAUGGAGACCAAAAGGAAAAAAGCAGCAAGAAAGCGCGCCAAGAAGCUUGGAACCAAACUACCCAUUGGAGCAGCUUUGGCAGAGAUUCUUCCCCACUGAUUAAUAUUCCAUCUACAUCUGGAGCUUCAAUGGGAGGUAAACCGCCAAAAAAGAUCAAGUUUACAGGAUUCCUAUAUAUUCAGCACAAGGAAAAAAAAAGGGCAAGCACAACAAAGAAGAGGCGGAAAACAGGAGCUAGCAGACUAUCAAGCCAAGCAAGGGGAGAAGUCCAAUCCAAACCUAACCCAAAGACAAGAUCCGGAAAAGUCCAUGAUAGGACAUGCAGCAGAAGUUUAACUCUUUAGACCAAGGCGGCGGAGCAAGGUUGCUCCCGGCGUGGUAGCGGUGAGGUUCAUAUUUAGACCAAGGCGGCGGAGACGGCAGGUUCAGCAGUGGCGAGGUCAGGCAAUACGGGACAGAGGGGGAAAGAAAAUUAGGUCACAGGGUGUUGAAAUUACAUUCCAUCCACAGUUUUAAUGAUGUGGCAGGUUGUAAUAAAGGUUUUUU